AACGGAUGUGGUAAACGAACUUCCGGUUGUAGAAAUAUCCCAAGUUUUAUCAUAUGGGUGUGUUCGCAAAAUGAAAGUUGGCAAUCUGUGAUGGAAUAAGAUAAAGACAUGGAUUAUCACAACAGACUUUAAAGAAUAUCUACAUGUGAUUCUAAAUGGAAAUAAAAACAAACAGAUAAAAACCUUAAGAAAUCUGAAGGUAUGCUUCAGUUAUAUAACACUUACUCACGGGUGAUUAAAUUCACCGAGCUUCCAGACCCUACAGACACAUGGGAGCUAGAGGACCUCAUAGGAGAGGGGACAUAUGGAGAUGUUUACACAGCCAAACACAAAGUUACAGGAGAGAAGGUGGCUGUCAAGGUCCUGGACUCCAUUCAUGAAAUGAUAGAAGAAAUAGAACAGGAGUUUAUUAUCCUGAGUGAACAUGGAGACCAUCCAAACAUGCCUAAGUUUUAUGGGCUGUUCCUAAAACCUGGGAUGGAUAAUCAGAUCUGGAUUGUGAUGGAGCUCUGUGGUAAAGGAUCAGUUACACACUUGUCACGAGAGGUGCACCAUCGUGGGGAGAAACUUGAUGAGAUGCUGAUAGCCCAUAUAUUACAUGAAACUCUCAGUGUGCUGGCACACCUCCACUCACAGAAUAUCAUACAUCGUGAUGUUAAAGGUCAUAAUAUACUCAUAAAUGAUAGUGGGGAAGUGAAAAUCAUUGAUUUUGGUGUUUCAGCGAUUUUGGAAAAUAGUGCUGGCAGACGUAAAACAUCAGUAGGCACACCAUACUGGAUGGCACCAGAGGUAAUAGCAUGUGAAAGACAGUUAGAAUAUAACUAUGACAAUAGAUGUGAUAUUUGGUCCCUUGGUAUUACCGCCAUAGAGUUAGCAGAGAGUGAACCCCCACUAUCAGAUCUACAUCCUAUGAGAGCAUUGUUUAAAAUUCCAAGAAAUACAUCACCAGGUCUACAAUUACCAGAGAAGUGGUCACAGAACUUCAAAGACUUUAUUCAUCAGUGUUUGGUUAAAGAUUUUGAAGAGCGUCCUUCAGCCAAAGAAUUACUACAGCAUCCCUUUCUUACCAGUUUACCUAGAGAUUCAUCUGUUUUCAAACACAGAUUAAAAGAUCUGACAGCUAAAAUGGAACCAAAAAUCCAUGAACCAGACAUCACAACAAAAAAGGGGAGAUUAAAAACACAUCGGAAAUCUAAGAAAGAACCUCUAGACACAGCUGAUGAUCUGACGUCAUUGGAAAUCUUAGAUGAGGAAACUAUUGUGUCACAACUUUUUCACAGAUAUGCACAGACAAAGAUCUAUACCUACAUAGGAGACAUAUUGUUAGCUGUCAACCCAUUUACACCACUCACUAUCUACGCUGAUGAGUACGCCCAGAGAUACAUGAAUGCAGCCAAAGAUGACCAUCCACCUCAUAUCUUUGCAGUUGCUGACCAAUCAUAUCAAAUGAUGAUGCAUAACAGAAAACACCAGUGUAUUGUAAUCAGUGGUGAAUCUGGUGCUGGGAAAACAGAAAGUGCUAACUUACUAGUGCAACAACUUACACAGUUAGGGAAGGCCCCUAACCGGACAUUAGAAGAUAGAAUUUUACAAGUAAAUCCAUUGAUGGAGGCGUUUGGUAAUGCUCAAACUGUGAUAAAUAAUAAUUCCAGUAGAUUUGGGAAGUACUUAGAGAUGUUCUUCACAAGUACUGGGACAGUUAUUGGUGCUAAAAUUACAGAAUAUUUAUUAGAGAAAUCCAGGGUGAUAUCACAAGCCAAAGGUGAACAAAAUUUCCAUAUAUUUUACUAUGUACAUGAUGGACUGGCCCAUGACCAGGAUGCAACAUACCAUUUAAAAGACAGUGCCAAAUAUAGAUAUAUAGAUGAAUACACCAGCCGUACCAGAGAUGUAGCUUCUAUAUCAGUAAAUCGGGUCAAAUUCAAGGGCAUACAACAUUGUUUUGAUAUUAUAGGCUUCCAGCCAGAGGAAGUUAAAGCAGUUUAUGGUAUAAUAGCUUCCAUUUUACACACGGGUAAUGUUGACUUUGAUGAGAAAGCUUCUACACAUGGAGGGGAAGCAUGUGUCAUCACAAAUAUGUAUUUAAUUGAAUAUGUGUCUAAGCUGUUAGGUAUCAACAAGAAUGACCUUGUUGAGGCCUUCACCACAUCAGCUGUUGUUGCCAGGGGAGAGGUCAUUAUACGGGACAAUUCAGUACCAGAAGCUUUCGAUGCUAGGGAUGCCAUGGCUAAAGCAUUAUAUGGCAGAUUGUUUAGUUGGAUAGUUAACAGAAUAAACUCCCUCCUGAAGCCAGUCUCAUCUUUAGACACAGACUCAGAAAACAAUUUUAUAAUAGGACUACUGGAUAUAUUUGGUUUUGAGAACUUUCCUAAGAAUUCAUUUGAACAGUUGUGUAUAAACAUAGCCAAUGAACAAAUUCAGUAUUACUUUAACCAACAUAUAUUUGCCUGGGAGAUGGCUGAGUAUAAAAGUGAAGGAUUAGAGGGCAUCCAAGUAUCCUUCAUAGAUAACCAUCCCUUACUGGACAUGUUCCUUAUGAAGCCUAUGGGACUCUUAGCCUUACUGGAUGAGGAAAGUCAUUUCCCAAAGGCCACAGAUUCAUCUUUAGUUGAAAAAUUUCACAAAAAUAUCCAGUCAAAACACUACAGCAGACCAAAGGGAAGUAACAUAACUUUUUAUGUGGACCACUAUGCUGGACGAGUGGAGUAUGAUGCAAUGGGAUUCCUAGAGAAGAAUCGUGAUCGUCUUCCUGGAGAUGUGGUUAAUAUGUUACGGGCCUCAGAGAAUGUAGUUGUUAAAUCACUCUUCCAAACACACCUCACAAAAACAGGCAAUCUUGCUAGUGGAUCAAGAGGCCCAACCCCAGCAACCAGUGCACUAAGUUCCCCUUUUGGUUCCAUGUCUUCAAUCAAUGUCCAGAGUUACUCAUCCAAACAGUCAACAGGGUAUGGCGGUAUGGGUGGAAGCAAGAUUUACAGCGCCCUAGGUUCAGCAUCGACCAGCAUGACCAGGAUACAACAAACAGUGGCCACAUAUUUUCGAUAUUCUUUGAUGGACUUGAUGUCAAAGAUGGUGGCCGGUACCCCACAUUUUGUGAGAUGCAUCAGACCUAAUGCAGACAACUUGCCUGAUCAGUUUGAUAAUGAAAAAGUAACAGUACAACUUAGAUAUACAGGUGUACUGGAAACUACAAGAAUUCGUAGGGAGGGAUACUCUCAUAGAAUACCUUUUGCAGAAUUUAUUAGGAGAUAUCAUAUGCUGGUAUUUGGUCAUGAAGAAAAAGUAGAGUACUCAAGAGACUGUUGUUUUCGGAUGUUAGAAAGAUUGAAAAUGGACAACUGGGCUCUAGGAAAAUCUAAGGUAUUUUUGAAGUACUACCACAUGGAACAGCUAGCCAGAGUAUUUGAGGAGAGAAACAAGAAAGUGGUCAUCAUUCAGUCUGCAGUUAGAAUGUGGCAGGCACAGAAUAAGUUCCUCAAAUUAAAAUGGCAGAGAGAAAAAGCUGUGGUCAAGAUACAGUCAUUUGCCAGAAUGGUUAAUGCAAGAAAAGGUUACAUGCAGUCAAAGAAAAGAAGAAUACAGGCUGCUAUUUUAGUUCAAAAAUCUGUUAAAGGAUUUAUGGCAAGGAAGAAAGUUCAACCAAAAAUAAAGGAACAUAGAAGACAAAUGGAUGCUGCAGUUGUAAUUCAGAGUAAAUGGAGGAGUUUUGCCGCUAUGAAAGAGCGUAAACAUCUUUUAGCCGAAAAAAAAAGGUUAGAUGAACUAUUAUUGGUUGAGCAACAGAGAAUUGAGAGAGAGAAAAAGCAAAGACAAGAAGAAGAGAGAAGAAGACAGGAAAAUGAAAAGAAAAUAGCAGAGGAGGAGGCUAGAAGGGAACGUGAAGAAAAAGAAAAACGAAAACAUCAGAAAGAAGUGAAAUUUCAGACAGACAGUGCAAUAAAAAUACAAAGAGAAGAUGAACCAUGGACAGCUUUUAGAUCACAUAGAGCUCAGAAAGUAGCCAAGGAGUUAUACAAAACAAAGGCUAUGGACCAAAGUCGAGCAGCGGUCCUGAUUCAGACAUAUUUUCGCCAAUGGAAAUGUAAAUCAGUUUAUCAGCAGCUUCAGCAAUAUAAAUCCCAGAAAGAACUACAACUUAUUUAUUUUACUCAGCAGGUUGAGAACUACAGCCAAGAACUUUCAAAAACUUUAGACCAAACCAACUUUCCUAUAGCAGUAGCACAUAGGAAAUCUGCAGUCAUUCAAAGAGAGAUAACUCCUCCACCAAGGCCUAUAACUCCUACACCACCAGAUGUUUCGGAUGAGAGGUUGGAGCAUAUGAGGAAACUGCAGAAAAUUAAAAACUUCAUAAGCGGUGACCAGGCUGACUAUUAUAAAAGGGUGGCUGGAACAAGACCUGGAACGUCACAGAUAAUACAGGCAGACGUCCAUGUUCCUCCUGUCCAUUUGAAUAAGAGAAGAGAAAUGAAGGGUGUAAUAGAACCAGAAACUGCUAAGUACUACAAUUCAUUUGCAGAGACAUCUGGUGAAAGUACUACUGAUACAAAUUUUAACAUAGAACCAGAUUUAAAUUCCAAUAAAGAGGAAUUACUGAACGAAAAUGAUGUUAAUGACUUAACUAAAAGACUUGAAGACGAAUGUGCUCAAAGUAUUGUUCAUUUAUGGAGCAAACGGCAACAAGUACCAGUCGAUGAUGCCAGUAUACCAGAGUCAUUAAGUGAUUCACGACAUCGUCAACAGCCACAGAUAUAUUUCCCCCCUCCUCCUUCUCUACCUCCUCCCGAUAUGCCGUCCACAAGUAAAGUGCCACCUACGCCACCACCGCCUCCACCAGCACCAGUAUCAACAAAGGCCAAAGCACCACUUCCGCCAGCUAUAAAAAAGACUAAAGCGCCUCCUAUACCACCUUUAAUGUUGAAUGGAAACAGUUCACCAACAUCGCCAUUAUUACCUUCAGAUGAGAAUUGUAAUGUUUUACAGAGCAAAUUGAAACCAGUUGUACAGAAUGGAUUUAAAAAUGGUUCAGCCCCAAAAGUUCAAUUCCAAGAGAAACAGAUUGCUCAGAAUGGACAUGCAAAUAUUGUUGAUGAAAUAAACAACAAUGAAGAAUUUGUAAAGAAAAGAUUACGGAAAACGAAUGUUGAUUGGACAACUGGAACAUUACGGAAAAAAGCAACACAUGAAACGCAACAAUUUGACUUUAGAUCAAUGUUAAAAAAGACAGGAAGAUUAGAGAAGGAGCUAGACACAAAAUAAUCUGUUCUUACACCAUGAAUAAAAGUACCAUUGAAAGUUUAUUAUUUGAUUAAAGGUCAAAGUGUUGCAUUCUUUUCAAGGCUACUGGUUCUUAUUGUUUGUUAUGACUUUUUAUUCUCUAUAACUGAUUAAAAUAUAUUUAGAAUUUAAACUCAAUGGAAUAUAUGUCAGACAGUUAUUUUUUAACAAUAGAAACUUUGCCCUGCUAGCACAGGGAACAAGUUUGGGGAAAACAGCAACCACACUUGAUAAUCUGAUUAUGAUCUUUCAAUGGUAUUUAUAAACUGAUUGUAAAUUACUUUUAAAUUUUUCAUAUCAAAGAGUUGAAAUGAAUUUUUGACAAUUUGAAUGAAAACUUUUAUUGACUGUGAUAGUUAAAAUAGUGGACUUUGUUGUAUUAAGUUCAUUUUAUAAAUGCAUGAAUAUUGACAAUUAACUUUAAAUGACAGAAACAGCAUUUGAACAAUUUAGUUGUUAAAGAUGAGCAUAAUUUUUAAAAUGUCUUUCCAACAAAUGAUACAAUAUUGUAACUUUCUUUUCUCUGUAAAUGUAAAUAAAAUUGUCAGAGUUGUACAUAAAUUAUCUAUUACCAUGCUGUAUGAUCAGAAAAUGGUAUGAGUUAUCUCCCUUUUCCUUGCUUCACAUGAUGCCAAGGUUUGGUUUUCAAUAGCUAUGUUUGAGGGGGGUGACACAGGGUUGCUUAUUUCAGAAAUCUAUUUUUUUUCAUUUUUUUUCUUCCAUCUGCUUUUUUUUCCAUUCAUUUUUCCACAUCAUUUUUAUCCCUUAUCUCUCAUCCCCACUUUUUUAUUACUCCUUAAAUCCCACAUUCCAAAAACAUGUCAUUCCCACUAUAUUUUCUUCUGUAAAUGUACCGUUUAUUGCUUAAGUGUUCAACUCUUUUCAUGGAUUGUUUUUUUAGUUUAAUCAUAUAUUAUGGGCUAGAUUAUAUAUGGUGCUUUUCAAACUUUGCAAAUGUUUAACCUCUAUUUGUGUGAUUUUCUUUUAGAUUAAUUUAGCAAAAAUAAUAAAUCAAUAAAGCCAUGUUCUCCAUACAUUGUAUGAUACACCUGUUGAGAUCAAAAUAUGAAAUUGGAAUAUUUGCCACUCCAUUUAGGUAGUCUUUUUUGCUGCUUUUUGUAGUUUUAUCCUUAAAUUUGAUAAUAGUUUUAGCCGCUCCAUCAUUUAAAAUAAAAGAAUAAUUUGUCAUUAAAUCUGUGUAUUAGUGGUGUUCAAUUGUAUAAAUCAUAUUUCUUUUUAUAUUAUAAAUUGCUAUAUUUACCGUACAUUUAAAUUUUUUUAUUAUAUUUUGAGAAAUAUUUGUACAUAUUUUGAGGGAAUUUCAGAGAAUAGUACAUGUAUAAAUAAGUUAAUGUAUAUUAUUGGUUGAGUUAGAAAUCCAUAUGCAAUGUUUAAAAUGCAAUCUUUUGUGGAAUCUUUAUAGAUGCAGAUUAAAGGUUUUGUAUUAAGGGGUUUAUGAUAAUUUGAGACAGCAAUGUUUUGUCUUUUUAAAUAUACAUAGGUAAAGGUUGGUAUUUUAUGCAUUUACAACUUUUAGAGAAUUAUAAAUUUCAGCCUUCUUCUUCUUUUCUUCAUUGUUGACCAUGAUAUCUAAAGUUGUCUCCCAUUGUUGAUCAUGACAGUCUAGAGUUGUCUCCCAUAACUGAUCAUGACUGGAAUUGUCUCCCAUAGUUGACCAUGACAGCAUAGAGUUAUCCCCUAUGGGUAUUAUUGUAUACCCAAUGCAUAAUAUGAACAAAACAUGUCACAUACAUGGUUUACAUCAGCAUAUUAUCAAGUAUAUUAUUAUUUAUUACUUGAAUAAAUUAUUUUUUAUGAUUUUUAUAUGUUUAUGCAUUGUUACAUAUUUUAAUUGGAUUUUUUUUCUUUAAAUAUGAAAGGAUGCAUAUUUGCUUAUGUUAUGAAUAUAAAAACUUUUUUCCUUCUAAAAUUUUCAUUUAUGAAUAUUGUCUCUGGAAUUAUGAAUACCUUGAUUCAGCAAAAUGAGAAAAAAACAACUAUUUUUUUGUUUUUUCAUAUGUUCUUUCAAAAAACUUGUCAAUUAAAGACUCUAUAUUCCCUUUGCUCUCUGCACAAGUAAAUUUUUCCAUGGAAAUCCCUUAUUUGAUUGCGGUAUAUCUUUUUUCUUCCACUCAUUGUAAUUGGUGCCUAAAAUAUUAUUCAUGCAACCUGUCUGAUUGAUUGCUAUAACCAUUCUUUUAUUCUACGCAUUACAUAUGAACCAAAUUCUAUAUCAGUAGUCUCAUUUAGAAAGUAAAUUGACCUAUAAUUACUUUUACAAAUUGUGACUUUGAUGGAGAGUAGUCUCAUUAGCCUUUAUACCACAUCUUCUUAUAUCUAUAAAUCUGUUCCCGAAUAAAUGAACCUUGAUUUCUACAAAUUUACAUUUUUUUUCAAAAUGUUAAAACAUUUAAAAUGUGACCAAGACAUAUAGCAUUCCAUGAACUCUAAGUUCAAAUUUUUUGUGAAAGAUAAAACAAAGCUUGCUCCCUUAUCACUAAACUGUCCCACUUUAAGGAGGUAGAACUAGGUUAAGGGAAAUAACUCUUAAAAUCAUCAGUACGUUUGUGUCAACCAUUUUCAAAAGUAUAUUCUAAGCUUCUAGUUUACAUAGAUUAUUUCCUGUUUCAGGUAAAUGCUUAAAAAACAUUGAUGAUACUUGACUUUUACAAACGCAUAACUGAUUUAAAGAGUUAUCUCCCUUAAGCCACAAAACUUCUACAUUUUUCAAUCCUGUACUGUUAAUAACAAAGUCCUAAUGACUCUACCACUAACUAAAAGAAUGUAUGUACAAUUAUUAGAACAAUCAUGACAUUUCCAAUUUUUGGGGUAGAGAUAUCAUUGCAGUGAUAUGAUCAAAACCCUUAUGUGGUGGGUUUGAUCAAUUUUCCAGAUUUUUAUCACCUCUUUUUAUAUACAUAGAAAAUAGUGUAUUGAACACAACUUUCUAUACGUCCUACUUAUAAACUUUUCAAGAAGUUUAUAAAUGAAAUAUAUACUCAGAUACUGAAAUUACAAAAUGAUUUGUAUACAUAUAUUGCUGUAAUCAUACUUGUUAAGAAUAUUACCAGGCUGCAGUUAUCCUGGUAUCUAUGAUGAGUUUAUUUACAUGUAUGUUGCAUGAAUCUGUUAUCUGUUCUUUAAAAACAUACUUUGGAGUUAUCUUCCAUUUAAUAACUAUAGUUUAACCAAUUGCGAUUAUAUCUCUAUUUCAUAGUAUUGUCUGCCAAUGCCUAAUACAAUUUCAUGUUUAAUAUCCAAUAUAAAGUAGAAUGAUGGCAAUCUUUACCCUUUAGUGCUCAUAAGAGCUUUGAUUGUAAUACAUUUGCUUGUUUUUAUCAACAAAUAGCUGUUAAAUCUAUCUUUCAGUCAUCUUCCAUUCAGAACAAAUCUGGCUGCAGUUUAAUGAGAGUAUACUGUACAUGCUUAUACAGACUUUGAGUAUAUUUCUAACACAUAAAACCAGGUUUUUAUUACUAUAUUGAACAUGAAUUUUACAAAAUAUAAAUUUUUUUUGGAUAAAAAAAAAAUGGUGAAAACUAAUACGAAUAUCAAAUCAAUCAUAAUUUGCUAAAAUAUUAACAGUGAAUUUGAAUGAAGUUAUUUUGUUAUUUUUUAUGCUAUUAAUAUUUAUUUUUUAUUGUUCUAUCCAGAAUCUAUAUAUUUAUUGUUGAGUUGUGACUUGUUGAGUUGUGACAUAUUAAUUAAUGACCAAUGUGAUAUGAAGAUAUAUCUAUAAGAAAUAAAGAACUGAUUAAAUUUA